CAAACUACCACAAAGCGUGUAUGGGUAUCGAGAUACUCGUACCGACCUACCACAUUGUCAUUCCUACUUCACGUACAUAUUAAAAAUAUGUCCACUCGUGCAUUACUACGGGGUUGAGAUUAACAGUUUUUUCCAACUAAUUAAUUAUGUUCCCAAUGAGAAUAAAAAAAUUUCGACAAAAAUAGGGGGAAAAAAACGAACAGAUGAUAAUCAUUUUCACCCCGAUUUGAUUUAUGAAGAAGCUGGAGAAAUGGUUUUUCAUCAUGUCAUCUAUGGAGAAAUUGCGUGAAAGCUUAACAGCCUCCACUAGUCCACUCUUCUCACUUGGCCACAUGUCAAUAAAUAGUUGGUUUGUCAUAGGAAAAAAUCAAACAGGUAUGCAGAGUAAUAAAAACUGAGCUUAGACUCACUACAACUUGUAAAUAAAAGAACAAGAAAUGAAGAAUAAAAACUAGAGCACUUAUACUAUGUAUAUAGUAUUGGUGCUUUAAUGUAUAACUCAAAGUUAUACCGUAACAUAAAAUGUAUAAAUUUAGGUUGUACCAUAAAACAAUUUGUAUCAUUAUGUUAUGGUACAACUUUACAAUUUGAAGUUGUACCAUCACAUAAAGGUACAAGUUCAAGUAAGGUACAACUUCAAGUUGUACCAUAAAAGAAUUUGCACAAAAAGUAUAGGUACAAUUUAAAGUUGUACCAUAACGUAAAUGUACAAUUUUAAAUUGUACCAUAAAAGCAAAAACCUAUAGCACCAAUAUUAUAUAGCAUUGUAAAAUUUCUUUAAAAACUAACGAGAAACAAAAAUAAAGGUAAAUAGACUCAAAGACACUACUUCACACACACAAAAAUAAAGCCAUGACUCUAUGGACUCAAAUAAACAAAACAAAGCAAAUAAUCUACAAGGAAAAUCAAGAACAAAAUCUCCACUCCCUUUUAAUAAGGAAUUGAAAGUCGCAAGCCAUGGCGUCAAAAUUUUAUUUGUUAUAAAAUACGGGGAACUACUUGGUAGGUAACCAUGAUCGUAUUCCCUCAAGACCUUUAGAAUAUCGUUACUCAGAAAGUGAGGACUUUGUUCUUGGAUUCGAAAACACGUUUUGGGAUUGAGGUGCAUCUUAAAUUGCUUUGUAAAUGAAAAUUGAAGAAAAUGAAAUAAAAAUAAAAAUUGGAUGUGGGAGAACAAUAAAAAAAGGCGUCGCAAAGGCAAGCUCACACUAGUGCUUCCUUAUACAUGCUUUAGAAUGAUAGGCGACAUAUAUAUAUGUGACUGAGGGAAUUCACAUGGAUUCCUCCUCUCACCACGCUUCUCGCCCUACUAUCUACCAAUGGUCCCUCCAUUGGAGAUGGACUAGGGAGACACGUGAGUCAGCCAAUCUAGUUAUGUUUUAUCCUAAAUAUGUUGGGUACCAAACCGUGUAUUGCAUUUGGUGUGCCUCAAUCACAUGUGUUUCCUUGUUACAAUCCACCCACAUGAACGCAUAUAAGAACAUAAACCAAUGCAAUAAAUAUAGAGAGGUGAAAAUCAAACAAUCCAUAUAUAUGAUCAAGAAUCAAUUAUUACACUAUCUUAGGAAUCUCUUGGGUUCUCCAACCUAUACAACUAACAAACUAGCCACUCAUGGGGACAUAAUCUAGGAGAUACAUCGGUCGAAAAGACGAGAAACUUAGCUUCUAUGAAAUGGCAGCCUAAUAAGGGAAACAACUCCUAAUGUGACAUUCUGGCCACCAUUUUAUCCUCAAAAUACUGAUUGCUUCUAGUUUGUGGUGGUUUGAUAUGGAGGCAUAAUGAUCUCAUGUAAAGACUUUUCUUCAAAUGAUGGCCACGGGGUCUAUCUAUAGGUCUUUAUAUUAGUUUUGUGACAUAUCUUCUAGGAGAGAUAUCUUAUCAUAAUGAGUCAAAUUGAACCUUCUCGAAAAUUAUGUCUAAUCACUUGAGAUCCCCCACUAUUUCCUAAGCCCAAAUUGUAAAAUGAGUUGAAUUUUGGCUUUUGGUCGACAAUUUGGGCCAAUAUCUUGGGCAUCGACAUCUCACUCCAUUUAUGACUCCCAUCACGCUUGUUCUGAUGUCUCCAGCUCGUACAUGGUGUCCUGCUAGGAUGCAAUGGCAUGAAAAAGCAUGAAAUACUACCCAAAAGGUAUCAAAACUAUAAAAACACCUCUAGAGGCUACUAAACACAUCUUUGAGAAAUUAGCAUGUAAAUCCAAGUCAAUAUGGCAAAAUAAAUGUAUAAAUUGUGAAACAUAUGCCAUGAAAUGAGACAAUUACCAUGUAAAUCCAAGUUAAUAUUUGACACUCGAUUAUGUUCACCUUAUAUGCCAAAUCCAUGUCCCUUUGGUGGUAGUGGAAUACAAAUGUAUUUGGACUACUACUCCUUGGGGAAAUACAAAGUUAAAACUAUAUAUCUAUGCAUUAGGCAGCUUAGCAAUACAUCAUUGUUUUGCAAUACUUCUCCAUAUGAUAGAUAAUUUUUGGAAAGGCACAAGGUCAAACACACUCUAGGAUGAUUUGGAUCAACCUGGAAGAUCAAAGGGGUAAUUACUAGAAGAUCAAGGAUGAUAUCCAUCAAACGAAGCCCACCGGAGGCAAAGUCUCCAUGAAGUCAUCAUAUAGGUCCAAGAGGAGUCUAUUUGAUACAACCCUAAAUUGCUUCCUUACCAAGCUAGAGUUACUUGCCCGAGAGGCUAACCCAACUCAUUUGAACAAUCUUAGUUUUUGGCCAAGUAUAGUGACGUGUUCAGGCAGCCUACUUUGGAGCUUUGGUCCUUCCAAUUGGGUUGAUGGAAAUGAAAGGUUAGUGUGUUGUUUUGAACAUAAAAACUUCCUCUACAAGAUGGCAGGAGAUUCGGGUUCAUAUGAAGUCGUUAAAGCUGCGUUCCAAGGCCUCAAAGUAGCGGUCUCAAAACUAGCAGACUGCCAGAAUUUGGCUAAGUCUGGAGGCAUGGUCAGGAAGGUCACUUUGGAGGUCCAUUCAGGGAAGAGGGGUUCGAAUCAUGGAAGGAGCUUUGUACCACAUGAAAGUGCGUUUGAUUGUCUACAGAAGCAAGGUAUUGGCUAAGGAGAUGGAGACCUGGAGAGAUGUGAACGUAGGGGUCAAAGUUGCUAUGGACACUGUUUUGGAGGCAGCUUGCGUAAGCUACAAGUUGGGUAUUAUGGACGAGUUGGGAUUCCUUUUCUGUUUUGGUUUGUUACCUUUAGACGUUGUAGGAUUAAUUAGCUUUCCUUGUUUGUUUUGUACUCGAAUUAGGUUUUAGUUUGCUUAUUUAAAGACCUAGAAACUCCAUUGUAAUAGUUAGACGUUAAUCAAUUCAGAACUUGUUCAUUGAGUUUUCAACUCGUGGAUUGUCCUUGUUGCUUGGUUCAAAUCGCCAACGACGAGCGAGCCUUGUAUCGAUUGAGUCAUCACCUCAAUCGUGGUCGGGUUGCUACCUUGAAUUCGGUUGAGCCUCUUCCCCGCGUGUGGUGUUGAAGUUGCACUCCGAACCAUCCUUCUAUUCCUCUGUUACUCUGUUUUAUGGCUUAGAAAUCUGAUUUCCAAGCUGUGUUCAAAAAGCCUCGCGGAUUGGGGUUUAUCACUAUUGGAGAAAUUUCAUCUAAAGCCUACAAAGAAACCCACAACAUGUGUCUCUGAUGACGCUCAAAUUAUGGUGCUUAUCAUUCCAUUUUUGAUACAUUUUCCUUCUAUCAAUGCAUCUUUAAUACAUUUUGCUUUGUUUUAAGUGAAAAUCAAAACUAUUUUAUCAAUUUGCUUAUAAUAGACAUAGGUUGUGUUUUAGUAUGAUUUAAUGCCUUUUUGGUGUUAUUUUGUGCUUUUCAAGGUCCAACACACUUUAGGAUGAUUGGAUCCACAAUUGGAUCAAGUUCGAGGAUCAAAAGGGGUAAUUGCUAGAAGAUCAAGGAUGGUUUGUCCAUAAAAUGAAGCCCAGCGGAGGGGAGUCGCCAUGAAGUCGUCAUAUAAGUCCAAGAGGAGGAUAUUUUAUAAAUUUCAUCUCAACCCUGCAAAGAAACCCACGGUGGCCUUAUGAUGGUGUCAACCAUUGCCGGGCCAAACCCAACAAGUUACGACCAAAAUUCCCCACAAGGAUGGUUUGUCCAUAAAAUGAUUGGAUCCACACUUUGAGAUGAUUGGAUCCACAAUUGGAUUAAGUUCGAGGAUCAAUUGGGGCGAUUGCUAGAAGAUCAAGGAUGGUUUGUCCAAAAAAUGAAGCCCAACAAAGGGAAAGUCGCCAUGAAGUCGUCAUAUAAGUCCAAGAGGAGGAUAUUUGAUAAAUUUCAUCUCGGCCCUUCAAAGAAACCCACGGUGGCCUUGUGAUGGUGUCAACCAUUGCUGGGCCAAACCCAACAAGUUACGACCAAAAUUCCCCACAAACAUCCCAAAGCAAGAAGAAAACUAGCGAUGCCCCAAAUGUCAUUUGAUCGCCACAUGCCUAAAGCACAUAGAUGCUUCUAGAAUCCUCUUACUUAGUCCAAGUGGUAAAAGGAUGCUGGAGGCCAAGUUUAAGUAGGAAAACUCCAAGAAUACCCCUUUUCUUUUACUAUAAAUAGGAGAUUAAGCUUUAGCUUUUACUCACUCUUACAUAUACAAAAGCAGCUAAAGUUCUGUCGGAGCAAGACAGGGAUGUCUACAUCAUCAUUGGUGAUGUCAUCUCCAUCUCUUAUAGCUAACUAAGCAUAUAUUGUUUAGCGAUGUGAGUUCUAUGAUGCAGACAUCUGCUUUAUAUUAUUUAAGGAGAUGUUUUGGUCAUUAGAUUCCUCUAUCAUUCGAUGCUUGUACCAUCUUAUGCUUUAUUUAUCUAUUGCUUUAAACAUUCUAUGCUUUUAUCGUCUACUAUGUAUUACUAUGGUCUUGCUUAUAAUACUAUUACAUGUUGUUGGGAAACUCUUCAUAUGUGGUAUGCAACUAUUUUAAGAGUGCAUGAAGGGAGAUGUACAUUACAUCAUCAAUGUCAUUGACACUUUCUUUGGCUCUUAGAAGCCCUAAAUAACAAUGUGAUAAUUCC